UCGCGUAUCGUCUGGGCGCGGGAGGCGACUCCUCUCAUUACUGAUUCCAUUUAAAUCGGAAUAUUAUAACGUGUAUUUCUUUGCCAACGUAUCGACACCCCAAGAGAAUAUCAAAUGAAUCGUGCGGUUGACGGAAACGUCACUUCGACUUAUUCAAGAAUUCCGCUUCAACAAGCACAGGCCAGCCAAUGGACAUCUUUGAUACCCGAUAUUUUCGAGUUAACAAGCUGCUGCUGUCGUUUCUCGGUCUGUGGCCGGUACAGUCAUCGUCUAACAAAAACACAUUUUUCUAUUGUACAAUACUUGGUAUACUGAUUAUACUCCUGCCGCAGGUCGCAUUCUUGUUCAAACGUAUGAGAAAUUUAAACGAUUUUUACGAUGUUUUGCCAACUUUACUUGGAGCGCUUCUAUGUCUCUUGAAAGUAAUUGGUGUCCAUUGGCAAGCUAAAAAAUUUAAGAUGCUGAUUGAGCACGUGCGUCACGAUUGGUGUUUAUUGGCGAAAUACCAUGAUAUUUGGAUUUUGAUAGAAUAUGCCGAGAAAAGUCGGAUAUUCACAGUGGGUUACUUAAUUUUUACAAGCACGGGUGCAGCCAGUUUUGUGACGGCGCCGCUCACCGUACCUUUAUUCGACAUCAUACUGACGUUAAACGUAACGAGACCGAAGAAAAUGCCGCACCCCGCCGAGUUCUUUUUGAAUUUGGAAAAGCAUUAUUACAUUCUUUUAGCAAUUACGUUCGCAGGGUACGCUAUGUGUGUUACGAUAGUGAUCGCAACAGAUACCAUAUAUUUCGCGUUGCUGCAACAUGCCUGUGGUACACUGGCUAUAUUAAGUUACCGUUUGAAAAAAUUUGCUAUACAUGAUAAAUUAAAAUGUAUCGAUCGUAAUCCUAUAUCUAAAGAGGACAGAGAUAUUGAGAAGCUGGUCCAAUGCAUACAGCUGCAAAUCAGAAUAGAGAGAUUAAUCCAGUUGAUCGAAUCGACGUUUGCGAUGUGCCUUUUUGCCGACAUUGGUUUGGGCAUUCUACUUCAGUGUUCUACAUGCGUUAUGAUCGUGAUUAAUACGGAACUAAUAAAAAACGGUCCACUUUUGCUCCUUCAAUCUACUCGAUUUUUCUUUAAUAGUUGGAUAGGACAGAAGAUAAUAGAUCACAGUUCUCAGAUUUCUGUUGCAGCAUAUAACGGAUUGUGGUAUCAAAUGUCUUUGAAAGCAAAAAGAAUGCUACUAUUUCUAAUAAUAAAGUGUCAAAAACCAUGUCACAUAACUAUGGCGAAAAUAUACGUAAUUUGCUUGGAAAGUUACAGCACGUUUUGGGGCUUAGCAGCUGGAAUAACGGAUCUGAGCAUCAUUAUGGAAAAUACGUCACCGUUACUGGUGAAUAGCUUCGUCAUCAUGAAGCUCAUUAACUGCGUGUUUACUAAUGACAAAAUGAAAGAGCUUCUGGAGGAUAUCGAAGAGACAUGGAAGAUGAAACACGCGGGUCCAGAGAAAGAAAUAUUACAGCAUUACGCAGAGGAGAGCAGAACAUUCACGAUACGAUACGCGAUUGCUCUUUACGUAACGUGGCUUUUCUACUCUACGACACCAGUGGUCAUUAGCGGAAUCUAUAAGUUUUUACCGACGAACGAAACAUACACGGCUAGGUUUCUAUAUCGCUUGGAACAUGUUCUUGACAUGGACAAGUAUUUUAACCUGUUGAUGUUUCACGGGUUUAUCAGCGUAUUUUACAUAGUCUCUGUGGUGAUAGCUGUCGACUGCACGUUUACACUUUGCACUCAGCAUAUCUGUGCAUUGUUCGAAUGUAUACGAUAUGACAUAGAGCGCAUACAAAGCUCGAAUUUCAUAUUGCCUGAGCCAAAUAUUGAGGACGAUGAAGCGUAUCAUGACAUAAUUGGCUGUAUCAAAUCCUACAAACAUGCGUUAAAACUUUCCGAUGUGCUCUCGUCUAACUACGCAACAUCAUUUCUUUUUCUUCUGGGAAAUGUAGUUAUAUGUUUAAGCUUCGGCGCGGCUGAGGUAAACAUCCGAAUUAAAUAUAGAAGCUUUUAUGUAUUUAAGUUGAUAAUGGUAAACAAUCAACUCGACGAAAUUAUCAGAAUUCUCUCUGCUAAUUUAGCGCAAGUGCUACACAUAUAUUGCCUGAGUUUGAUUUCUCAAAGAUUGAUCGAUCACAGCAGCGGACUUCAGGACGUAAUUUACAGCUGUGACUGGUAUAAUAUUUCAUUAAGAUCGAGACGUCUCUUGAAAUUUACAUUACUGCGUACUGCUAAGCCGUGCCAAAUAAAAGCUGGUAAGGUGUUUGUAAUGUCGAUGGUGAAUUUCAGCUCGAUCUUGCAAGUAUCCUUAUCGUAUUUUACGAUGCUUACGUCACUACAGUAAGAAUCGUAACAAAGUUUAUAAUGGAAUUAUAACUUUUGGGAAUAUGUCAACAUCAUUA